UACGUGUAAAAAAAGUGUUGGCGUCAUCACCGUCUCCUUUAAAAUCACAUGAAACCUUGGCAAUGGCGUAGAUAUAAACAGUGCAUCAUGAGGGUGACAACUUUUUUCGCAAUUCUUCCACUGAUCUUCGCCUAUAAAUUUAAUGCAAACCCACGACUGUUACGCGAACUAACCGAUUUAAGAAGACCACACAUUGAACCAUGUAUCGCGCAGAGUAACGUUGAUAGAAGCAUGGCUGUGAACACCCUGAUACAUCAAGACUAUCCAGACGACAGGCCUUAUUGGUGCUACACUAAAUGUAUGGCUAGCCGCAUAGGACUUUACAAUGUGAGUCUGGGUGAAUUUGAGUACGUAGGGAGACCAAGGGAUUUGACAAAAGAACUCUACGACCAUUGUGCCCCAAAGUACAGGGACGAAUCUGACGAAUGCCGUAAAGUAUAUUCAACAAUUGUAUGUUUUUUGAAAGGGAUGACCACGGAAGCGUAAACCUGUGUUAAUCAGCGUUAGUAAUAAUUUAUUUAUUAAUUCAAUUCGAUUAAAAAUUGGAUAAUAUUGUAUUUAUAAUGUACCAUGUACAUGCAUUGUAAUAUAACUUCAUUUAUAAAGAAAAAAUAACGCAAUUAAAUAAAAAGAUAUUGACUUUUUCUUCUCAA